AUGGAUUCCUUAUCACGGGACCUGGAGAAAGCCGAACUCGACGCCAAUCGUCCCCAGAGUCAUCCCAGCCUAGAAAACGGCAGUCGUUUUUCUCGAGGCGAAUCUGUCUCAUCCGCCGGAACUUCCUCUAGCUCUAGCUCCCAAUCUGACCACUAUGGGGAUCACAUGUCCCGGAUCCAAACUGCACAGAGCCAGCGCGGUGCUGGCCUCGAGCGGCACCCAACUGCAAUGAGUCGUAUAGCAACCCAGCGAAGUCAGCACAGUGCAACCGUUGGUGCUCUCAAAACCCGUGCUUCGAAGAAGCCUCUGCCUGAGUUUGGAGCUGGCAAGCCAUAUCCUCCCCUACUACCAGAGAAGGAAGAGUAUGUGGUUGAAUUUGCUGGACCCAACGAUCCUUUACACCCCCAAAACUGGUCGACCAAGAAGAAGGUUGCCACGUCUGUAAUGCUCGCAUGGACAACAUUCAACUCAACGUUUACCAGUAGUAUCUACUCUGCUGCCAACUCCGUUGUAUCAUCCGAAUUCAAUGUCUCAACCGAAGUCGGAACUUUGGGGAUGUCCCUCUACGUCCUUGGGUUCGCUUGUGGACCCACAAUCUUUUCACCAUUGUCGGAGCUACAAGGUCGACGUUUACCUAUUCUGAUAGGCAUGUUUGGAUUCACCGUUUUCCAGUUUGGGGUGGCUACGGCAAAGGACCUACAAACGCUUAUCAUAUGUCGUUUCUUUGGAGGAUUCUUCGGAGCAUGUCCUAUGGCCGUCGUCGCGGCUGUGUUUUCUGAUAUCUACGAUAAUCGUGUUCGAGGUCUUGCUAUCACUCUUUUCACCAUGACAGUUUUCACGGGUCCUCUCUUCGCCCCGUUCAUCGGUGGCUUCAUCGUGGAAAGCUAUUUGGGAUGGCGCUGGACGGAAUUCCUCACUGGCAUCACUGGCGCAUCUGCCUUUAUAUUGGAUUUGUUUCUAUUGCAGGAAACUUAUCCUCCAGUCGUCCUAAUCAAGAAGGCUUCGGACCUGCGUCGAGGGACCAAGAACUGGGGCAUACAUGCCAAACAGGAAGAAAUAGAGGUUGAUUUUGGAGAGCUUAUACGCAAAAACUUUGGUCGACCCUUUCGGAUCCUCUUCACUGAACCGAUAGUGUUACUGCUGAGUAUCUAUAUGGCCUUCCUCUAUGGGCUAUUGUACCUCUUCAUGACGGCAUAUCCGAUUGUCUUCCAAGAAAUUCAUGGAUUCAAUAAAGGCCUUGGUGGUCUCGCAUACUUUGGGAUGAUCAUCGGGGAGUUCCUAGGUGGAAUUUUCAUUGUCUGCCUCCAGCCUUGGUAUAAUAGGAAGCUCAAUUCAAAUCGUGGAAUCCCUGUUCCCGAAUGGCGUCUUCCCCCUGCUGUUCUUGGUGGUGCAGCCUUUUCUGGCGGUCUUUUCUGGUUUGGGUGGUCUGGAUACACAGCUGAUAUUCAUUGGAUUGUGCCCACUGUAUCUGGUCUCCUCACUGGAUUUGGUCUUUUUUGCAUCUUCCUUCAGUGUCUCAACUACAUUGUUGAUGCAUACCUCCUCUUUGCCGCCUCAGCUUUAGCUGCGAAUAGCGUACUCCGUUCCUUGGCUGGUGCCGGUUUCCCCCUUUUCGCAACGUAUCUAUUCAAUGCACUCAAAGUCAAUUGGACCGGAACCUUACUUGGCUGCGUUGCAGCCGUUCUGAUGCCAAUCCCUCUCCUGUUCUAUUUAUACGGUCCCAGGAUCCGAGAAAAGAGCAAAUUCGCCACAGAAUAUGAAGUGGCUGCCCAAGCUCAUAUUGAUAACGAUGAACGAAUUGAUUAA